AUGCCAACCAAAAAGGAACGAAACUCAUCGUCAUUGUCACUAUCUUUAGGUAUAAUAAAGCUUCUCAAUCCACUACUCCACAAUUUUCUCACUUUUUGCGUGGGUGCGAUAGUAGGGAUCAUUGUUCAUUCUUCUCUAGAAAUAAUACUUUCACCUUAUUCCCCAACCGUACAAAGUGUCUCUCAACUCUUCCUCGUAGCUUCUCUUCCUCCUCCUCUUCCUGCUUCUUCUCCUCUUUCUUCUCCUCCUCUUGCUUCUCCUCUUGCUCCUCCUCCGUCUACUUCUCCUUUAUCUCAAAACAACCAGCUCGAAAUGUUUCUGAGGCCACCGAAGAACAUCAUGCACGAUAUGGAAGAGAACGAGCUUUUUUGGAGAGCUUCAAUGGAGCCCAAGAUCAGAGAUUACCCUUUUCCUCGAACCCCAAAGGUUGCUUUCAUGUUCUUGACAAGGGGACCUUUACCUUUGGCUCCUCUAUGGGAAAGGUUCUUUCGAGGCUAUGAAGAUCUUUUCACUAUCUAUGUUCACGUUAAUCCCUCUUAUAAUGAGUUCAUGCCCCAAGGUUCUGUGUUUUAUGGCCGUCGCAUUCCAAGCAAGAGAGUUGAUUGGGGACAAGCAAACAUGGUAGAAGCAGAACGAAGGUUACUAGCAAACGCUCUAUUAGACAUGAACAACGAGCGCUUCAUUCUUCUCUCCGAAUCUUGCAUCCCUCUCUUCAACUUCACCACCGUUUACUCUUACCUCAUCAACUCCACUCAAACCCACGUCCACUCUUACGACCUCCCCUUUGGCCGCGUCCGCUACGACCGCCGCAUGUAUCCUCACAUCCACAUGCACCAUUGGCGCAAAGGCUCUCAGUGGUUCGAGCUAGACCGAUCCAUGGCUCUUGAGAUCGUCUCCGACACAGUCUACUGGCCCAUCAUGAAAGCUUACUCUCGCUGCCCUGACGAGCACUACGUCCCGACAAUACUCAACUUGAGGCCGAGCCUCGGGUCACGUAACUCGAACCGAUCUCUAACGUGGACUGACUGGGAGAACCGUAGGGCUCACCCGAGAUUAAUCCGUGUGUGGAACGUGAAUGUGGAGUUCUUGAUGUGGCUUAGGAGGUGUGACGAGGAGUGUUGUGAACACAAUGGGGAGAAUAAGACGAGGGUUUGCUUUCUCUUUGCUCGCAAGUUUUCGCCGAAUACUUUGAAGAAGUUGCUCCGGUUUGCAUCUACCGUCAUGCAUUUCUGA